AUGGACGCCGCGAUGGAGAGUAAGAUGGAGAUUAAACGCGCGAAAACCAACGCCGGGAAGCGCGCGCUGCUCGCCCGCGCGCCCAAAAAGGUUGAAAAGGCUGGCAAGACGACGCUCUUCCUGCACGGGCAAAACUCGAGUCAAAUCCUGAAGGAAUUACUGAGCGAUUUAGCGUCGAUGAAGACGUUGGAGGCGAGGAAGAUGACGCGGAAGAACCCAGGGGUGCGACCGUUCGAGGGAGGGGGGGAGACGUCGUUGGAAUUCUUCGCGAGAAAGGCGGACGCGAGCGCGUACGUCUUGGGGACGCAUCAGAAAAAACGACCGCACUGCGUGACCCUCGGAAGAUUCUUCGAGUAUCGAUUGUUCGAUCAGAUUGAGGUGUUGGUGACGGAUUUUAAAUCCAUGCGAGCGUUUAAGGGGGCGGGGAAGGGGGCGGUGGCCGGGAGCAAGCCGUGCAUUUGUUUCUUGGGCGAGGAGUUUGAUUCAGACGACGGAUUAAAGUUAUUCAAAAACGUCUUGAGCGACGUGUUUCGCGGACGCGUCGUGGAUCGAAUCAACCUGAAAGGGAUCGAUCGAGCGAUUGUGUGCACGUCAGUGCCGCAACCUGGGAGAAAGCCGAGCGUGAUGUUUCGUCAGUACGCCAUCAAGUAUAAGAAAUCCGGUACGCGUCUGCCGUUGAUUGCGCUCGAGGAGAUGGGUCCGUCGUUCGAUUUCACGGUCGGUCGACACAGAGAGGCCCCGCCUGAUCUCAAGCGUGAGGCCUACCAAAAGGCACGCGUGACGAAGAAGCAAAAGAACGUCUCCAUGGAUAACGUCGAGGGUAAGGUUGGUCGCCUGUACGUCGAAAAGCAAGUCGGAUUGGAGAAGCUCGGCCAACACAAGAUGAAGGGUCUGAAGCGCGAGCGCAGGACGAACGCCGAGGAAAAGAAGAAAAAGUCAAAAUCGGGCGAGAAGGAGUGA